UUUAAAUCUCAAAUCAAUGACAUCCAAAAAGCUCUGUAUUAUCCCAAAAAUGCCAGACCGCGGGCGAGAGCGGGAACGAAAACGAAGGCGACGUUAUUCUGACGAAGAAGAUGAUGAUAAUGGCUUCACAGGAUGGAAGCUUGGUUUGGUCGUCGGGGUGAUCGUUGUAUGUUUUGCUAUGCUUUAUCCAACAGUAAUUCACCCGAUGUUGAUGGGAUUCAUGGGACGCAAAGAACCUCCGCGGCCAACACCAUCUCGACCUCCAGUGCAUCCAGGAAUGGGAGGACCAGCCAUGCAUGCAAGACCUGGUGGAGGAAGAGGUGACAUCCAUCCAGCUAUGAGAAUGGCCCAGCAACAGGCUGAAACCCAAUCUGGCGGACGAGGGAUGUUCACGUGGAUGUUACCAUUAUACACUGUCGGAGUAGUCAUAUUCCUUUUGUAUACGUUGUUUAAGACAAAGAGCAAGAAAAAGCGACGUUCUCGCUAUGACGAUUCCGAAUAUUCAUCUGAUGAUGGGGAUGAAUACAAUGACAGGCUAAAAAAGAAAAUCGGGAAGCGGAAAUUGCGCGGAUUGCAAGAACGUCUGCAACAAACAGAAGAAGCCAUGAACAAAAUAUUGGAACAACUGGAAGCCGUUCAGGCGGCAGGAGCAUUGGUCGAAGGGGAACAGGACACGGCGACUAAAACAGGCGAAAAUAAGGAAAACUCUGAGCCAAAGCCAAACCUAAACGCUAAGAACGAUCAAUAUAUUAAUGAUUUGGAGAAAGCACUAAGAGAUUUCAAGGUGCUGUCAGAUGCUUACGAAGAAGAAAAGGGGUUGCGAAAGAAACGACGCUCAGGAAGUGAAGACGACACCAGCACGGAAGAGUUGAUUUCUGGAUCGGAUGAAGAAGAAUCUGAGGAAGAAGAAGAGGAGCAGACUAGAAAGAAGAAGAAACACACGAAAAAGCACAGCGACGACUCGGAGGAGGAGAGUAAUGGAAAAGGGAAGAAGAAAGCGCAAAAGAAGAAGCGAAAGGAGGAAAGCGAUGAGCACGAAGAUGAGCAGCAGGAACUAACCGAAGAGACAAACCUCCUGGAGGAAGAGUCCGAGCCGUCAAGGGCUACCCAACCAUCCUCGAAGAAUGUCCGACGGCGCGCUAGGAAAGUCUGAGAUCUAGUCAAAACUGAUUCUUUUUGUACAUAUUCACAUGCAGAAGCUGAUAUUAGUUUGUUGCAAAUAAGUCACAACUCGCCAGUGUUUGUUCCAUUUCUGUGUCACAACAAUAACUCGCAUUCGAAGGAAGUAGGCAGCUCUUCCUAUGUACACUCCAAGUGCCAUGCCCAGCAUCUCGAAUCUCCACGCCGUCGUUACAGUUACUCUUUAAAUAAAAGUUCAGC